UACAGCAAACAAGGUCCAGCACAUACAAUUUCUGUCAAAGAACCUUAUAUGUAUUCAGUGGAUUUUGUGCCAGCUAUAGUGUUAAUCAGUUCCAAAGCCAUUUUACCACGCAUAUCGAAAAAUUGGGACGCUAUUCCUAAACCGUUAAAAUUUAUACACAGUGAUACAUCAUUUCGUGCAUCUUACGAUAACCUAGAAAAUGAAAUGAUAAAAAAUAAAAAUAAUUUAAAGAAUGCUUUAAGGAUUAUUAAAAAAUUUCGGGAUAUACACACAAAUAUGCACAAUUUAAAAAGUUACUACAUAAAAACUUUGUUUCUGUGGAGAGCAUCAAGAGAGCCGGAAAAGUUUUGGUACCAGCCCAUUGGAUUUGUUGUUAUACAACUGUUUACAGAUCUUAGCAAUAGUCUUGAAAUGUGUAAGCUACCUUUUUAUUGGGACCCUAAAUUGAAUUUAUACGAGCAAAUUGGAGAGUCUGGAUUAACCGACAUCAGGAGAUGUGUGCAAAGUAAAAAAAAAAUACUAGAAAACUAUAUAAGACUGAAAGUUAAAACGGAAGUUGAUCAUUUGAAAGUUUACAAAACCUUUCUGACAGUCACGGAAUUAAAGGAAAAUGGUUUAAUAAAGAGUUCAGCAAUUCCAGAGGACAAGUCUCCAGAGAAAAUAGAACUAAAGAGUUCAGAGCCCAGAAGAUGUAUAAUACAAUAACUAUUUUUUUGUAGCUUAGGCAAAUAAAGUCAACACUCUUGUGCUAACACAGUACAACAGCUAAUCUGGGGGGUGAAGGUCCAUUAUUUUAUUU